UAUCGGUACAGUUCAUCAUUUUUAUUCUUUUUUCCAAUACAAAACCCGUAGGACAUUAUGUGUAAACAACAAAGAUUAAAUAUGAAUCAUGAUCUCAUAUUCGUAUUUUUUUUUCUAUGAACUUGAAAUACAGAUGUGACAUCUCCCACAAUGCCUGUCGCGAAUCAAGAACAGCCCAAACGUAGACGUGGGCCUGCUAAGUGUAUUGAGUUUGAGAAAGCGAGAAAGUACGGGAAAGUGCUUUUGAAGAUUAAUGAAGGUGAAACAGCCCCGUGCUGCGAGAACGCAUCCAUGUUCACCACACGGGUAUCACAAAUAGUAAAACAACAUUGCGACAUGAGUUAUGCGAGGUGGACUGAUGUGCCUGAUGCAGAAAAGAACGAGUUGAUCGAACGUGUGAGGGGUGACUUCGUGUUGGAUUGGGAUCAGGAGAAUCAUAGAUUGGCCGUCUUGAAGCAGUUGCGUAAGCGGUUCAAUGCAUUUCAUCACGAAUUACACAAAAAAUAUUUAUCGUACGGCAGUCACUCAGAAGCAUUGGCUUCUGGGUGUACCAUGGUCAAUGACAACGUUUGGGUUAAGUUGUGUGAGAGGUGGGGAACCGACAACUUCAAGAAAAUCUCAGCACAAAAUCGGGAGAAUAGAAAUAGGCAAACUGUUAACCACACAACUGGCCGCAAAUCGUUUGUGAGGAUGUUGGAGGAGAAGCGGGCUACGAAUGCGAAUUUGGUGGAGUUCUAUAAGGAGACCCGAUGGUCAAAGAAGAAUGGUAGAUUUGUCACCACAGCCGCUGAAGACACUUAUAAGGAGAUGAUUGGCAAGAUGGAUGGUCUAGCGCCUGAACAACGCACCGAUGAGGCAGCUGCGAGUGUUUUUAGGGAGGUACUUGGUCAGAGACCAGGAUACGCAAGGGGGCUAGGCGAGAUGGUCAUCCCGGAGUCGACAAGACAACGGGACCGUGAACGAGAAAGAGAGUACCUUGCGUUAAUUGAAAAACAUAAGAAAGAUGCCGACAAUUAUAAGAAAGAUGCCGAAGUUUACAAGACGCAGCUUGAUGAAGUGAAGGAUGAAUUGCGAGAACUUCAUGAGAGGCAAAAUGAAACUGAUAAGAUGAUGAGGAUGUUCUUCUUCAAUUUCCAUCCUUCCCCUGGGUCUCUCCAUUCUUCUGGAGAGACCCAGUGAACCUUGGUUUUGAAAGGAGGGAAGGGCUUUUUUGUAUAUUUUGGGCAGUUUUUGGAUGUGAAAGAUCGUGG